CCCCGAGCCGAGCGAGGAGGAGCCUAACCGUCCUCUUCCCGGGUAGAAGGGGAUUGUGGUGCGUAAACAGGAUUAACUCUCUCGCCCCCAGCCGCGCAGAUCCGCAGGCGGCCUGCGGAGCCGGAGCGCGUCCGUCCCUGAGCGGAGCAGCGUGGCCGGGGUGCGGGGGAUGGGGCAGCCCCGGGCCUCGCUGCGGUCUUUGGGGUGCGCUUCCACGGCCAGAGGCCCGGGGGUCUGCAGCCUCGGGAGCGGCGCUCGGCCAGCCGGGGCGCAGGGCGGCGACGGCGCGGGAUCCUAGCCGCCCCUCCGCCACCUCCCUCUCCCUCCCCGCGCGUCCUCUCCGCCCACCGCGCUCCAGCCUCCCGGCCGCAUCCCGCGCUGUCCUCCGCCUGCGGAGCCGCCGCCCUCCCCGCGCCCAGCUAUGGGGGACCUGCCGGGCCUCGUGCGCCUCUCCAUCGCUCUGCGCAUCCAACCCAACGACGGCCCGGUCUUCUAUAAGGUGGACGGGCAGCGCUUCGGCCAGAACCGAACCAUCAAGCUGCUCACCGGCUCUUCCUACAAGGUGGAGGUGAAGAUCAAGCCCACCACGCUGCAGGUCGAGAAUAUUUCCAUUGGCGGUGUGCUCGUCCCACUGGAGCUGAAGUCUAAGGAGCCUGAUGGGGACAGAAUUGUUUAUACGGGCAUAUACGACACAGAAGGUGUGGCCCCAACAAAGAGUGGAGAACGACAACCUAUCCAGAUCAGCAUGCCGUUCACAGACAUUGGAACCUUCGAGACAGUGUGGCAAGUCAAGUUCUACAAUUACCACAAACGAGAUCACUGCCAGUGGGGAAGCGCCUUCUCAGUCAUUGAGUACGAGUGCAAGCCCAACGAGACGCGCAGCCUCAUGUGGGUGAACAAGGAGUCCUUCCUCUGAGGGUGGCCACUCCUGUGAGGCUCAACAAGGUCUCUUCAGACGUCUGCAUUUCGGUAACCCAGCACAAGCCAAGGCACGCCACCCUGUUGCUGUUUCCCACCGGGUGCCGAUGACCUACUAGCCCCAAUUAUUUUGGAAGUGUAAUUCCCCCCUGAUGCUAUGUCCCUGACUAAAAGGUUCAUGAUGUACCAUCCCCCCAAAAGAUGAUCCCUUUCUGUGUCUUGUGCUGGUGUUCCCACCUCUGCGUGCUCCGGGUCAGCCUGAGGACCCCUUGUGACUGGAGCUCAGUGGCCUGAGCAGGCCAGUCCUGUCAGCCAUGACUCCACUCAACGACUGUGGUGUUUCUUUCCAAAUUGAUUCCUUCUCUUUGUUAAACAAACAAACAAAAAAAUGUUCAAUAGAAAA